CCUUCAUGUCAGAGCGCAGUAUUGGACGUCCUUGGACAACGAAAGAAGACGAGCUACUUGCUCAGGCCAUCGCCAUACACGGCGAAAUCGACAACUGGAAAGCGGUCGCAGCCUAUGUUCCUGGUCGUUCAAAUAAAGCCUGCAGAAAGCGCUGGCUUCACUCUCUUUCUCCCAACGUCAAGAAAUCUGCCUGGACGCCUGAGGAAGAUCACGCUCUCGUCGAACUGUAUAGAAUACACUCAACCAAGUGGGCUAUCAUUGCUCGCCACAUACCCGGGCGCACCGAUGAUGCAUGCUCAAAGCGCUAUCGUGAAGCCUUGGAUCCAACUUUGAAGAGAGACGAGUGGACCGUUGAAGAGGACAGCAAGCUUCUCGAAGUAUACUCGAGACUAGGCGGAAAAUGGGGCCAGGUUGGGCACGAGCUACAACGAAGCGGCUUGGCUUGCCGUAAUAGAUGGAGGCUUCUGGAGCGUAAAAGGUCCAAUGCUACGUUGCAUGAGCAGUCGUUCGCUUUGCGCCAUCCUCAGGCUGACAUGGGCUCAGAAAACCGUUUGACAACGGAUUAUUCUCAGUCUUACACGUGGCCGACGCCAUCAGACGAUCAGAGCAUUUAUCAUAACGAUCAUUUAUCUCAGUAUCAUGCGGGAUACAUCGCAAAUGCACCCAAUGAGGAUACAGGAUAUGAUGCCCCUCGUGUUCGGUUCAACGACUACGAUCAACAUAUGUUAACACAUGUUCCCCCUUCGCUCCGGUACUCAUCGUCAUCUUUGAGUUCUGCGCUAUCUGCACCGUGGUUGGACGAUACCCGUCGUGUGCAAUGUACCCCUGGCGCCAUCGAUUCUUUAUCAUCGGUAUCGCGCCAUCAGGCACACGGCAACUAUCAGCCUCAACCUUCGAUGACUGCUCUAUCGGUCACGCCGCAUCACAAUGUCAUCCGCGACGACGAUGCUUACACACAAGGCCAUAACCUUCAAUACUCAUAUGAGCAGCCAGACAGUCGAGCAACGGGGCAUUCGAGUUCCUCAGCCACUAUCGGUCAGGCGGUCACCUAUAUUCGGGAGGAUAAUCAACAACACAUAUUCAAUUAUCCGGACAAUUUUUCGAACAGAUACCGGGAAUCACCAAAUCUAUGUUGUGGCAGUAGUGUGAUGCCGCAGUCUCACACCACGCAUAUGAUUUUCGAUCAUAGCCGACAGUUGGGCAUCCAGGAAGAUGUUCGAUACAUGCAUGCUGUGACGGGGGAACGAAUCCAAGACACCCAUUUGUACGGUGAACGCCCCGAUUACCACUCUAUAACACCCUCCAGCAAUCGUAUCAUUACAACCGUCUCGGACCAGCAAGCUCUGAACAAUGAUUACUCACACGAUGCCGCGCGGCAUUCCAACCAAGUGGGUUUCACUGCUCCGUCGGAAUUUUUGGUGUCGUCGGUAAAUCAUGCCUCGCAUUGCUGUAAUGAAGCCGAUACAUCGACGUAUCGCCAUGAUGGUCAUCAUGUGCAGUAUGAACAAUAUCCCCAGAUUUCUUCUGCCGGUUAUCAGAAGGACGAUGACAGCUCUUUCGAUCACGAUCCAACUAUGGCCCGUUCAAUUUACAGCUCUGAAGGAGAUCAUCUUGUAUAUGCGAAGUCGGAACAGCAUACUGCACAGCAAGGACUACCCUUUGAUCGUCAUUGCUCCUCUGUCUCGUUGCCAGUUGACUAUGAUGCUCAUCAAUCUGUUACUCGAGAUGCAGCCUAUGCCGACGAGAGUCAGCGUGGUUGCCAUGACCCCUCGGGUGCAUACGGUCAGGAAGACCAUGUCGAAUACAGCAAUUCGUAUGCGACAUCUACUGAUGUCUAUUCCACCAACAAUGGUUACGACGUGUCGUAUCCACUGAACCAGACAACAGCGAAUUAUCCUGCCGUGUACACACCUGCAAGCUCAUCUGCUCCAGCACCUGCUGCCGCUCUUGAUUCCCCCCCACCGACAACCGAAUGUGUUAAGGGUUCAUACUAUCGAUCUACUUCUCGGGCGAGGCCACGUAACGCGUGCCCGAGGAAACGCCCCGACACCCAAGCACCUUUACGUCUUUCGUCGGACUUGCCAGCUACUUCAGAUCCUUCAAUCAAGCCUUAUGCGUGUGGUCAUCUGAAGUGUUGGUCUGUAGAUUCUGUCGCAAGCUUAGCUUGUUAUCGGACAUCUCGCGACCUUUCUGAUCACUACAAAUCGAUUCAUAUGGAUGAGGCGGGUGGCGACAGGCCCUUCAGGUGUGGUUUGGAAGGUUGUGGCAAAUUUUGGAAGAGUAUCAAUGGUCUGCAAUAUCACCUUCAAAUAUCCAAGGCUCACUUUCAGAGGGCAAUUUCUUCUACUUUUGCUCAGACAUCGUAUAGCGACGAGAAAGAGGGCAUUCCUCCCGCAGUGGAGGCAUCGACUUCAACUGAGUCGAGCGAGGCUCAGAAGAAGCUCUAUAAGUGUCCCCACCCCACCUGUCAUAACCGAUAUAAGCAGUUGAGUGGCCUACGGUAUCAUCUUGCUCAUGGGCAUCCUCCCGAUAUGCCAGUGCAGCUCGACCUGGUUCCUCCCGCUUUGGCUCGAAGGAUAUCAGAAAAGAUGCGCACUCAAGGCUCUACUUCUCAAAGUUCUGGAUCUCAGUUAAACGAGUCCUGAGUGGUUUCGGCCAUGGCGGAUUGUCUGAUAUAUUAUUGAACUGAACUUUCAAGUCAUAUUCCUAUUCCCUCGUUUUGCAGGCGGAUUGCUUUGUUUAUUAUUGUUAACGUUUAUUUUUGGGGCUGAUUGGAGGCUUAUUAGCUCGCUUCGUUUCGCAUUGCUUUGAUCAAGUUUCGUUUAUCAAGUCGCAGUGGCCCACAUACGCAUAUUGUAGGAUACUUACCUGGGCACACCACAUCGCUGGAAUCGUUUUCUUGUGGUCUGGUGAUAAUUCUUGUUGAUGUAUAUCCAUGUACUUUACUCGCAGUGGCGAAUUUGUAUAUACAUUAUGAUCACAUUUACAAUUUCAAGUUGUUGCUUUCC